AUGUAUAUUUUUAAUUACUUACUAUUAUUUUCUUUAUCUUUUUAUACUUGGUCAUACAAAAUUCUUUUAUACAAUCCAAAAUUUAGUCAUUCACAUGUAAAUUUUGUAUCACAAAUUUCAGAUAUUCUUGUUGAAGCCGGACAUGAUGUCACGGUAAUAGUAACUGAAAUGGAUAUUAAUGUUAAACAUCCUGGAACAAAAAAUGGAAAAAUUUACAAAGCUUCAUCACAUCCAACAACAGUUGAAUUAAUGACAAACAAUGUUCUACUUACUGAUAUGUGGAAUAGAACAAAUGAUUUCAAUAGGCAAGUAGAAAUGAUGAAUCAAUUUAUGAAAGCAUGUAAUCUUCAAGCAAGGCACACUUUUUAUGAUAAAGAUUUAGAAACAUUUGUAAAAAGUCAAAAUUUUGAUAUUGCCUUCAGCGAACUUCUUCAUUCUCAUAUGUUUGGACUUUUUAAAGCUUGGGGAAUUAAAACUCAUGUAUCAGGAUGUGCUACAGCUUUAUUUGAUGCAAUGUAUGCACCAUUUGGUCUUCCAUUUCCUUCUUCUUAUGUACCUAAUUUAAUGAAUCCAUACACAGACAAAAUGACAUAUAAAGAAAGAUUCAAUAAUUUAAUAGCAAAUUUAAUAAACAAACUUUUUAUAUUUUUUAAAGGAAGAAAUAUGGUUCUUCAAGAUUUGUUUGAUGAAAAAUAUGGAGAAGGAAAAUAUGAGAUUCGGGAAUUAGUUGGAGAUUCAUCUUUUGUAUUUAUUAAUACGAAUCCUUUAUUUAAUUUACCCGGAGCAAAAACACCUAAGAUGAUUGAAGUUGGAGGAAUUGGAAUUUCUGAGUCAAUGCCAUUAGAUAACUUUUGGAAUAAAACUCUUAGUCUUCGUCAAAAAAAUGUACUUAUAUCUUUUGGUUCUAUUGCUAAAAGUUCUCUCAUGCCAGAACAUUUUAAAAAAUCUAUUAUUAAAACAAUAAAAACUCUUUCAAAUAUAACUUUUAUUUGGAAAUAUGAAACUCCAGAUGAUGGGAUUAGUGAUGGAGUUGACAACUUAAUAUUAAGCAAAUGGAUUCCACAAAAUGAUCUUUUAAAUGACUCAAGAAUGUCAUUAUUUAUUACUCAUGGUGGUUUGAAUUCAUUAACUGAAUUAGCCUAUCAAGGUGUUCCUGCCUUAGCAAUACCAAUGUUUUCAGAUCAAUUUGCCAACUCCAAGUUAUUAGAAAAAGCUGGAAUUGGUGAGAGUAUGCCAAGAGAUGAUCUCAAAGAUUCAGAUAAACUUAUUUCAACAAUAAUAAGUAUAAUAAAUAAUAAUGUUUAUAGAAAUAAUUCAAUGAAACUUUCUAAAAUGAUGAAAAAUUAUCCAUUUAAAGCUAGAAAAGAACUAACAAAAUACAUUGAAUUUGCUGCAGAAUUUGGAAAACUACCAAUUCCGGUUCCUGUCUGGGCUUAUGCUGAUAAUAAUGUUGAAUGUAUAAAGUUAAAAGUUUCUGCCACACUUACUCUUGCAUAUUUUCAAAAAGGUGAACAAACAAAAAGUUAUGCUUCUGUUCCUUUAUUAUCAAAUUCAGCUGUUGAUAAAGAUAACUCAUCAUGUCAAAUUUUAAGAAAAGUUAAUUCAUUUAAUAUAAUGAGUCAAGUUUUAUCAUUAAAAUAUCCAAGUAAAUAUCCUGGUUGGGGAAUAACUUUUUAUUUUACAAAUGAUACUAAAUUAUUCAAAAUUACUGAUAAUUAUUUUGGACUUUAUCAAAUUCAAAUAAAUGCUAAUUUUAGUAGUAUGCCAAAUACAUUUAUUAAUCCACAAUUGAAAACACAUGUAUAUACAUCACGGCUAAAUCUUGAUGAUAAUGAUAAUUUAAUAAAUUCUAUUUAUGCACAUAAAGAUCAUUCAUAUUCUUGUCCUAGUAGUCAAGUAUUUGAAUUAAUAGGUCCACAAGAAGACAUUUUAGAAGCUAGUAUUAAAUUAAAAAAUUUUCGAGUUCAGGCAUUUACAUCUAUUGAUGUGUCAAAUGAUGAUGGUAAUUUAAAAUAUUCUUACAAUUAUGAAAUAAAAAAAAUAUUAUCAACUACUACUUCAAUUUUUCAAACAAAAGAAAUAUGUCCAAUUGAUCAGACGGAGGUGGAUUUAGUACCAAUUGUAGCAGGAAGUAUUCUUGUCGGAUUAAUUUUAAUAAAUCUUAUUUUUUACCUAGUUUAUCGUUGCCGAUUAACUAAUGAAGCCCUUAUGAUAGUAAAUGAUAAUUCUCAUUUUACAGAUAAAAUUUAUGAUAAGAAGAUUGGCGAUUUUAAUAGCCUUGAUAAUUUUUUUAUUUCUAAUACAGAAUAA